AUGGAAGAAAAUUCCGGCUCCAGUGUGCCGUUGAGUUUUCAUGCCCCCGCGAAGUCCAGGCGUGCAUCAAGUACAUCUAGUGCCUCGUCAUCCGCGUCUUCGAGUGCUGGACAUCAUCAUAGGAAGAAUCGCCGCCGCAACCGCAGAAAUGAUAAGCGUAUGAAGCGUUUGGAAAAGGCAGUAGACAAUCUUACUGCCACCGUAAGUACUAUAGUAAAAGGUCAGUCAAUACAUUCUGUUCCUAAAAUGCACGAGAAUAGUGAUUCUGACGCGCUGUCUAUCUUGGUCCCCGACGAUUCGGAGGCUUCUUUUAGCCACGAUAAAACUGAAGGUAGUCAGCCAGUGCUCCGUAGUUUUGAUUUCAAGCAGGAAACUACCCUCAAAUCGACAAUUCCGAAAAUUUCUACCUCUCAUGCAGAAACUUUGUGCAAGUUACAACACUUUGACACGAUUGAUUGGUCACGGGUUAGAGUGACAGAACAAGACAAGGCAGUAUUACAGUUGAAGCAGCAGAGGGAUAAAUUAAAACAAUAUCAAAAGAAAAUAGAGCUUAACCUUGAAAGAGACCGUCAAUUAGCCAAAAAACUUCUUGCUGAAGGCAAACGAGACAGGGCAAAACUUUUAUUGAAAAAGAAAAGAUAUCAAGAACAAUUAUUAGGAAAUACCGACGCGCAAUUAGAAAAAUUAGAACAACUAACUCACGAUCUCGAAUUCACGCAAAUAGAGCUACAAGUGUUGGAAGGAUUGAAGACAGGGAAUGUUGCAUUGAAGAAAGUUCAUGAUAUCCUUAAUAUUGAUGAAAUAGAAAAAAUCCUUGAUGAAACCAAGGAGGGUAUUGAAAAACAAAGAGAAAUUGAUGAAUUAAUUUCAGGACACUUGACAACGGAAGAUGAUGAAGCUAUUGAAGCCGAGCUGGAAUCUAUUCUUGAUAUCUCUAAUCAACUACCUGAUAUACCCACAGAUAAACUACCUGGGAUCCAAACAGAGGAGACACCUGUUAAACUGCAAAGAGUUAAAGAUAAGCCAAGUAAAAUUGCUAUAGAAGCU